UAAUUUGUGGGAGGGAGAAGAGGAACAUAGAUGGAUGACGUUCACGGUGCACGAGGCUGAAGAAUAUUACUCUUUCUCAUCUGAACCUCCCAUAGGUGGAUCUUGGAGCAAAAUAAUUGGAUUAUUGAGAGAGCAGCUAGUGCAAAUUUUCCGACCGGUUUGUGGUUAGGAGGUGCGUGCUAACUAGUAACCACUACCAACAUAUCUAGCCCAUUAUUAUCUUCCCCUUUCAGUCUCCACGCUCGCUCAGAAAGAAGGAGGGGGUAUCUUCUUCAAUAUUCAUCCUUUUCCACUUUCCGAUCCCAGUUUUUUCAAGGUCUGGGAUUCACCGUUUUUGUUGUACGGUUGUUGACUGUUUUAAUCCAUUUUCAAAGCUUAGGCUGGAUAUAUAGUUGGCUCGGUCUGAAGCCGCUUCAGUCAUUGUCAAGUUCAAGAGCCAACAUGAAGGGUGUUCUGCUUCUGUCUGGAAUAGCUGUGCUGCAGCAUCUGGCAUCAUGUCAAUUAGUGGUCGAUCAACCUGUUGAAGUUCCAGGCUUGAUCUACGCGGCCCGAGUCCAGAGGUCACCAACGGGUGGCUAUGGAGGUUACGGAGGUUAUGGAGGCUAUGGAGGCUAUGGAGGCGGCGGCUAUGGAGGCGGUGGCUAUGGAGGCGGCUACGGUCACAAGCACCACCACCAUCACCACGGAGGCGGAGGUGGCUAUGGAGGCGGAUACAACGAGGGCCCUUACGGCGGAUGGGGCGGUGGCCGCCCCCAUGGCGGAGGCGGGUUUGGUGGAUCGGGCAGUCAGUCACAGGCGCAGGCCCAGGCGCAGAGUCAGAGUUUCAACGUUGACUUCCCGUUCGGAUUGGGCGGAGUGUCCGGGUCCAACAGUCAGGCCAGCGCUUCGGCCGGAUCGUCUGCUAGUGGCGGCAACUUCGGAAGAUGGAGAAGGAGAUGAAUUGCUUGAGCUUUAUUAUCUGGAUCGCUGACAAUGGCAUAUGACACAACACUAUAUAGUUGCAGAGCUGGGAGAAUCUACCAGAACACAGAAAUACGAUUAUAAGAAGUGGUGCUAUUUUGGACACUAAAAGAUAGUAUUUAUUAGCAUUUCUUACUUCCAAAAGUUGGUACAUUCAACGAAUGUUAUGGAAAUCAAUACUGUACAUGUGUGAAUGUUUUUCUACUCUUGUGAUAUUUGAAUAAGUACAUAGAUAUUUUAGAUUCCACUCGACAUUGAAUUAUUUUAAAAAUGA